ACAAAUACAUGGUUUCAGUUCUGUAUAUUCCCACAGAAUAAUAACCUGCUUGGUUUACACAGAUUAUGACGUCCUUAUGCUAAUGUUGUAAACUUGAGAAUCCAACAGUCACUGCAGCUUAGGUGUCCAGGACAAAUAAUUAUAAAAUAAAAUUGAUUUUUUUUUUCUCAUCUCUCCCUCCUAGUGCCCCUUGACGGCCCCCAAGGGGACCGCUACCCCCUUUUUUGGAAACCACUACUCAAAGCAAUCACUGGGUGAGGGUAGAGUCCAACCUGGACAGUUCUCCAGUCCAUCACUAGACUAAAUACAGAGACAAACCCCCAUUCUCACUCAUACACACUUGCAGACGUCCUCUCUGGUAAGGCAGGAGCAUUAACCACUGUUCACCCCCGCUGUAGCCGACUGUACUGGACACUGGUCUUUAACCAGUGCUGGUCAUUUCUCAGACAAGACAUCCAGUCAUCUGAUCAAACGUCCAGGAAGUGAAACAAAUGUCCGUGUCCUGCCAGUGGCUGUUGGCAGGAGGAUUAAACAGUGGCGUAAACAGAGGCUUUAUCUUCAACUGUGGGGAAGUUUGACUGCUGGGAAUGCUGGGAAAGGGGAUUUGAAGCUGCAGCACAUCAGAGUCCAAGCUUGUAGAAGCUUCAUGAAUGGACUUGUCUCUUACUUUCUUUCAUCACGCCAUUUCUCUCUCUUUCACUUUCAUGCCCCAGCCCAACACCCACACACAGACACACACACACACAGUUUUGUUCAUCUCUUAAAUGACAGCAUUGGCCUCACAUGUCGUAGUCUCUCUUCCUUCAAGUUCUCUAAUCAUUAACCGCUCUGAUAAAGUCUGCAGGAGGAAACAGUGCCUCUGCCUCAACACUUCGUCAAACCUGGAGAGAAACACACCAGCUUCUUCACUCUGCUCCUUACAGAUUCAACAGUGGGCUUUUUUUAAUAUAUUUUUUUUAUUUCAUUUCCCUCAGACACAGUGCGAUGGAUCUUAAAGCACUGCACAUGCUCUGGCUCGUACCUGUGUUCACGCUAACAGCACAAGGGCUGGACCUGAGCGUCAGUCCAGGGAUCACAGCCAGGUGUGGCUCACAUGUGAGGCUCCAGUGCAUGGCCACCUCAUCACGGAGUGGACUGUCAAUCAAACACAUAGGCUGGUACCAUAGAAAUACACCUGUAUGUUAUGUGGACAAUCAGGGCCCCAUUCUUUUCAACCAAACUGACCACUACUGUGAAUACGAGGACGGACAGUUGUCUCUGACCUUUCCAAAACUGAAGCCGUACCAGGAGGGCCGCGACUUGGAGUCCUACUUGUGCAAACUGCGAUCCAACCAAGAAGUUAAGCAUAAAUAUACGAGUGUGGAGCUGGACGACUGUGCCGCAGCCGUCACCGGGGUUUUAACCACCGCUGGUCCUUCAUGUACCUUCUACAACGUCUACCCUGACGGAGAAGUGCACUGGUUCCGUAGUUCAAACGAUGUGUGGGUGGAGCCUUCGAAUUCCAAACAUCUCACCACUAAACGUGUGGAAACGGGUGGAUAUUUAACGAUUCAGAGUAACCUGACACUCUUGGAGACGGUUUCCGGAGUGGUCUUCAACUGCUCCUUGAAGAGCAGCAGAUCUGGGAAAUACAUCGCGAGUACUUUAAUUCGGAGCGAAGGCCUUGAGGGGAGAGGUGGAGCACGUAUGGCCCCACAAUUCAAAAACACUGCAGUCAGAUCACAGGAAGUGGUCACCAAGGCUUUGUAUGUCUCUGUCAUCUUGGCUGUCCUCAAAAUAAUCAGUUAAAAAAAAUUAGCUUCAACUCAACCAUCAGUCUUCUACAUACAUGGUACACAGAUAGGACCGGAUUACAUUUUAUAUAUAAAUAUAUAAAAUAAAUAUAUGUAAAUGAAAAGUGACAGUGUAACAGAGCAGGAGAGCUAACUUUGUUAAGAGCUAACUCAGUUUCACAAAAUGACAUUCACCUAUGGCAUCUAUCUAUAAUAAGAAUAUAUACGGAGACUAUAAAUAAAAAAUAAUCAUUAAAGCAUAGUUAUAUUGAAAUGAUAAAAUCAGCAAAACAACAUGAGAGUAACGGCAGGACCGAUGUUACAACUAGUAACGGAAGCAACAGACAAAAAAAGGGUAAAAAAUGAUAAAUAAAAAAAAACGUGUGAAAACAAAAACACCGAUCCAUACAACACCGUGAGAAUUUAUUCUGAAUUCUGAUGUCGUACUCAUGCUGCAGGGAUUAUGGUUGGAUACUGCCCUCUAGCGAACAUGUGUGAUCAGUGCGCCGGGAGCACCAACUGGGCUGAAUUAUUUUGCUGUGAUGCAUUCAUUCAGGGAAUGUGUAAAAAAAUCUACUGUCACCAGAGUAAUGGUGUUGAUGCUGCUUUUAGGGGCAGGAGGAGAAUGAGGUUUGAAUUCGUGUUCCAUCUUUGUGGCCUAAUGGCGGAGGACAGAUUCCACUGAGAGCCUCGGGUGGUGAUGAUUGUCUUAAUGAUGUGUCUAAGCUGUAGGCGGCGCCAGAUGGAGCUCUUAGCCAGACGUCGCUGCAGCUCGAAGUCAACAGUGUAAAUAUUACUGGUCUACCUUGACCGUUCUGGUGUGAUGGUCAGCAUGACACUGACCUCGACCUUGGCCAUGACUAUAACUCAAAAACACAGCUAGUUAUUAGUCAUAUUUUUAACUACUACUGAUAAAAACCAUGAACGGAAAAAUGAACAAUUAAAAAAAUGUGAAUAGUUGAAAAAAAUGUUGUCUGAUAUUGUCUGUUUAAAAGGUAAUUCGUUUCUGUGGUGUCGCUUUACAGGCAGCUGCUUAUUGGUGUUUUUUUUACAUUUAAAUAAAUGGUUUGUUGUGCAGUUUAAAAUUGUGUUCAUUUUGAAAAACCAGAAACACUUUGUUUUACAUUUUUGGUUUUUGCAUUUAUAUUAUGAAAUGUGUAUAAUAAGUCUGAGCUCUGAUGAACUCUUAAAAUUAAAGUUUUCAAAUGUA